AUGACGUCACCUCUGGCUCCCAUUUUGGGAGUGCUUGGCGGAUGUAUGGGAUGUAUGAUAUUCGUCGAGAAAAUCGCCAAAGGCUAUAUCCCUACCGUGAUCACGUUCUUCACUGUGAAUGUGAUAAACAAUCAAGCUCUUAAUUUUCAUGUUCCCGUACCUUUGCAUAUCAUUUUUCGAUCGGGUUCUCUUAUGGCAAAUCUUCUGCUCUCUGUGAUUUUGCUCAAGAAAAAGUACACUCUACGGAAGUAUCUAUCAGUAUUCGCCAUAACUAUCGGUAUAGUUAUCUGUACACUGGCAACAAGUGAUCUCGAAAAG